GACAACACAGAGGUUUUCAAUAAUGAAGUUGGAUAUAUCAUGCGUACGUAUUGCGACCUUAAGUACAAAGAAUGGAGGUUUGUGCCUGAAGAAGAAAGAGCACCACUUCGUGACAAAUUUCGAGUAAGUAUACAUGAAGACUCACACUACAAACUUCUUGUAUGUUAUGCAGACAUUAUUUAAUGUUGAUUUGGAAGAUGCAAAUGUCAUAAAAGCUAUUGAUAAACAAAUGCAAAGAGCUUGGCAUAACUAUAGACGUACGUUACGUGAACAUUUUAAAACAGUUGGAGGUGCAGGUGAUCUGAUGAAGGCAAAGAGUAAGCCUUAUGAGGGUGUUAGCGAAUCGGAUUGGGAAUAUCUAUGUAAUUGUUGGAGCGACCCUUCAUAUCUGCAAAAAGCUUUGAAGAAUGCUGAGUCAUGUAAGAAAAGAAAAUGGAUUUCUAGAAACGGAUCUAAAAGUACAGCACGCCAUCACAUUAGUCGUGGGGUUGACUUAAAUGCUCCUGUUGGUCAUAUUGAGACGUGGCGUCUCCGUCAUUGGCAUCCAGAACGUGGUUGGGUAUCUGUAGAAGCUGAAUCUAAAUAUGAAGAAAUUAUGGAAUUGAGAAGAGAAAAAUCACCUGAAGAUUUAACUGAUAAACAAAUAUUAGAGAAGGUGCUUGGACGAGAAUCUGUUCGUCUAUUUGGUUGGGGACGGUCUCCCACUGGGUCCAAAAGAAGCAAAGGUGAUUCAAAUAUUCCAACUUAUACUCAAUUGAUGGAUCGUGUUGGAGAACUUUAAGGCACUGUUGAAAUGAUGAAAAAGUUGUUGAUUGAGAAGAAUAUUAUGCCUCCCAUGUCACAUGUUCCUUCAGAUCAUUGUUCAGUACCGCUUAAUCGUGGGUCAUCCUCUAUUGAUCGAGGCCAGCAUGUUGACGGUUAUGAGGACUCUACUUCUGAAUAUGAUAAUAUUGUAUAGAAGCAAAAUUCAUAUUAGACUUAAUACUUUGUAUUGCGGCACCAGCUAGUUAAUGUUUUAUUUUGUUUGGCAGUUUUUGAUUAGCUAAUACUUUGUUGAAAUUGAAUAUUUUAGUUUGAACUAUGACAUUUAUCGUUAUAAUAUAUUAUCCAUUCCCG